GUCCCCGCACUUAUACCCCUGAGGUGCUCCGAGGUGUGUGUGUGAGUGUGUGCUGUGUGCUGCUCGCCUCUCUCUUCUUCUCCUCCUCCUCAUCGCCGCUGCCAUGGCCACCAGGUUCGCCGAGGUUAAGCAGGCGCCGCCCAUUGAGGUGUUCGCCGUCAGCAAGGCCUUCACGGAUUCCACCCACGAGAAGAAAGUCAACCUUAGUGUGGGAGCCUACCGAACGGAUGAGGGCAAGCCAUGGGUGCUGCCGGUGGUGAGGAAGGUGGAGAAGCUACUGGCUGAGGAUGAUUCGCUCACCCAUGAAUACUUCCCUAUCCUGGGGCUGGAGGCGUUCAGCGUCGCUGCCUCCAAGAUCCUAUUGGGAGCCUCUCAUCCUGCAUUCUCUGAGGGCAGGGUAACCUCUGUGCAGACCCUGUCAGGCACGGGUGGCUUGCGGGUGGCGGCAGACUUCCUGCACGGUGUUCUUAAGUAUGACACAGUCUACUACUCCAGCCCUACAUGGGGCAACCACCGACUUAUCUUCGAUCUGGCUGGCUUCACCAACCUCCGCACAUACCGCUACUGGGAUGCAGGGAAACGUGGCCUGAACCUUGAUGGCAUGCUGGAGGACUUGAACAAUGCCCCAGAGAACUCUGUUGUCAUCCUCCAUGCCUGUGCCCACAACCCCACCGGUGUUGACUGCACACAGGAUCAGUGGAAGCAGAUUGCUGACGUUUGUGAGCAGAAGAAGCUGUUCCCUCUGUUUGACUCUGCCUACCAAGGUUUUGCUUCUGGUGACCUGGACGCUGAUGCCUGGUCUGUGCGCUACUUUGCUGACCGUGGCUUUGAAUUGAUGGGCACACAGUCUUUCUCUAAGAACUUUGGACUAUACAACGAGCGUAUUGGUAACCUGGUGCUGCUGCUGAAGGACUCCUCAGUCAUCACCCCUGUGCGGUCCCAGCUGACCCUGCUGGUGCGUGGCUCCUACUCCAACCCACCCUGCCACGGUGCACGGAUCGUCACCAAGGUGCUCACCGACCCUGCACUCUUCGAGGAAUGGAAAGAAUGCAUCCGGACCAUGAGUAGCCGCAUCAAGGAAAUGAGGAAGGGCCUGAGAGAGCGGCUGGAGAAGCUGGGCACGCCGGGCACCUGGGACCACAUCACCGCCCAGAUUGGCAUGUUCUCCUUCACUGGCAUGUCAGCUGAACAAGCCAAGCACCUUGCUGACAAGUACCACAUCUUCCUUCUGUCCAGCGGGAGGAUAAACAUGUGUGGCAUCACCACCGGGAACAUUGACUAUGUUGCCGAGGCCAUUCACGAUGCUGUAUCCAACAUUACCAAAGCCUGAGGCACUUGAGCUCAGGAAAGUAGUUCAGCAGCCACAUGCUCUCUAGUCAAGUAACUAGGCAGAAGCAGAUGUAGAUGUGGCCUUGUCUAGAAAUCUUCAGUGAGGUAAUUUACGGUCGUUCACAAUAACUUUGUGAUAAACUUUCUUUUAGUGGUCUAAGAUUUUGUCAUAGAUUCUUUUAAUAUAUUUUAAAGUCUCAGUAAUUGAACAUCAGUGCGAUUACUCUUCUUAACUGUUUUAGAUGUAUCAAAUGUUCUGUUGAUAUGUUUUUAGGUUAUUUUAAAAUAUAUUUGAUCAGUCGGUAAUCAUUUGAGAUAGCCAAGUCUGUAAGAGUGUCUAAAAAUUUAUCAGUAUUCAAAAUACCUGAUGAAUUUAUCAAUUAUUGAAACACCGAACACAAAUGGGUGAAGUAAGACUUCAGGGGCACCGGGUCAGUGGAGGUUGGAACAACAGUACUUUUGGCCCAGGUGUGGCUGAGUGCUGCUGCUCACUACACCAAAGACUUAAUGGGCAGUAUUCUCAAUACAGUGGUAUUGAAUUCUAGGUGAAUUGUUGUAUUUUAACAGUGAGCUUGUUUUGUGUGAAUUGGUACAAAGUGAACAGUUUGUACUCAUCACUGCUCACUACUUAAAAUAUUACAAUGCCUUGAGGCUGACCUUUUCUGAGCCACAAUCACUUCAUUUGUGUGACUUUCUUGACAUCUGACACACAGUCAUUGCUGUGUCGCAAAUGUUACUAUAACGAGCAAUAUGAGCAAGAACUGUUGAACAACAGUGCAGUUUCAAGUUUUUUUCACCAGCAGUUUUCUGAAUAAAUAAAUUAUAUAUACACCUUUGUACACAUGCAUGUGUAUAAGACUUAAAAGCUAUGCAGCAUUAAUGCAGCCUCAUGCAGUAUUUACACAGCUGACCACCAGCUGUUACAUUCACAGCCUUAAUGUUGUGAUGAGCCAUGCUUUCACGAAUUUGAUUAUAUAAAUUCAUCCUUACGUCACCAGGUGGCUACUAAAGGUACUAAAUGUAGUAAUUGUGGUGGUCUGCUUGACACAUCACUCAAGAAUGAUUAUACUUCCAUCUUGGAUCAGAGUGACACUUAUUUGACCAGCAAGUGUCUGACACGUGAGAAUAUGUUGCUCAAGGGCCAGGGCUGUGUGGGCAUUGGUAGUGGGUGACCAGACCACGAGGGUAUGCAAUACUUCCGAGUGAUCACAGGUGUGUGGAUGCAAUGUUUUAUGCAUUAUUUUGCAGGAGAUGCAGAGAACAAUGAAACGUGUAAAUAUUACAGUUGUAUAUUGUAUAAGUAAUGUACAGCUGAAACAAUAAAGCAGUUAUAAUCUUGUA